AUGAUUGCGAAUCAUGAUUCCAUGAUGGAAUUUCAACUGAAUGGCACGCAAAAGCAACUUUCUCGACCUUCCACGGCUCGAUCGCAACGAGCUCCACGUACCUCUUAUCUACCCGUAUCUCAUACUACUCUUCACUCGCGCCAACGUGCUCCUUCAUCAACUCCAUCAUCAUUAAAUACUCCAAGACCAUCAACUGCAAUCUCAACAGCCAGCAACAAGUCUCGAAUUGUAGUCACGAAUAAGGAUUCCCAUAUACAGAAACAACCACCCCGAGCUACAGAGAGACUCGUCUUACGCAGUAGUGCCAGUUCUGCUUCACUGGCGUCCUCCUCAUACCAAAGUACUAGAGAACUCACGUUAGCUGAAGUCGUUGACCGUUGGGCUUCUGAACAGCCUCCAUAUUCCUCGAAUUGGAGUAGUCGUGAUGACGAUGAGUAUGCUCGAGAUGAAGAAGAACAUUGUCCGUAUACUCAGGAUAAUGAUCAUACCAAACAUUUGAUUCAAGAACAACCAAGCAAGGCUUCGAGUAGGGCGCCUUCACGAGCAUAUCCACAUGAAAUGGUGCCUAUGGUGUCAGAUCAGUUGAGAGAGAAACUUGAAUCUCGUGGAGUAGAAUCUAGGCCAGAAAGGAGGAGUCUCUAUAGACCACGUAUAUCAGAUGAACAAGCGGCUCAAACAAUUCAAAUUUGGUACCGCCAUCAUUUACUGAAAAGGAGGAAGCAGGCACUAGCCCUCAUAGCAGAGAAACGGAAAUCGCUAGACGCACAACGUCAAAAUCAUCAUAAUAUCUCAACAACCAGUCUUGGAGUCGAUGUCACAGAAGCAGUCCAAGCUCAAGCCAAAAGGCGGCGAGAAGAACGAGCAAAAGCUUCUCGACAAGAUGCUGUACGAGAACUCAAAUCACGACGAAACAAAAUCGGGGAACCCACCGUGGAUGUAGAAUCAUUUGACUUACAAUCAAAGCACUCUAGUGUCAAUUCAAUCAAACCGGUUGAAUCAUUAUGUCAUGAGGUUUACAAUGCAUCACCAGUAAACCCAAAUGUGGAAACAGUGGCUCCUGCCGCUGAUAUUGUGGCUCGUGUCGAGAUUCCCGUACAGCCAAUAAUAUCAGCCCACUUAAUGCCAGAGAAUCCGUCUGUCGAACAACCAAUCAAGAUUUCGAAAAAGGACUUGAAACCACACCGACCAAUAACACCCAUACUGCAACAACAGCAAACACCUACUCCUCCGCCAGUCGCCGUAUUUUCUGAUAACGCCCUUGCUAGUGCUACCAUUCAUAAGCCAAGACCAAGAUCAGCUCGAACUUCUCGCACUCAACCACAACGUCAAAAGUCAACCGAGACACGACCACCAACAUCUCAGCCACCGACAACGACAGAGCCACCGCCAAUCAUGUCAGCCUCAUUACCAAAACCUCAUCACUCAACACAAAAACACCCAGAAAAUCAACGUUUCGAUUCCUCUGAAACCCUCAUAGACGACUGGAGACCAUCACUCCAUGACCUACCUCCAAUACCACCGACACCCACAGCCGAACUAAAUGAUGAAUCGCCCUGUCCCUCUGUAACAGAACUUGCAACUACCAGUAUAAUAGACGAUGCAGCCAAUCAACGGGUUGAUCGAAUCCUCGACUUUUUGAAAAAGGUGGAAGAAGAGGAUGUCGUGAGGACUUGUGAGACUAGUGUUGAUGUUACGACGAGUAAGCCUGCCCCACCUAGUGCAGCUGUGUUUGAUAGUGUCAAGGCUAAGAUUAUGGGUCAGCAGUUGGAAAUUGAGGAAAAGUCACGGACGUUGGCCAUGUUGAAGAAGGAGUUGAAAAAGUAUAAAGAUCUCAAUAAGGAGCAGCUGUCUCAGUACCGCAAGGAUGUAAAAUCCAAGUUGAAUCUGCAACGCAAGGAAUACGAAACCAUUGUCAAGAGACACCUAUCCUUUGUGGACAAACUCCUAGCCGAAAAGGAAGAAUUAUCGAAACGUUGUGAAUCCCUAUCUGAAGAAGUGAGGAAUCUCGACAAGCAAUUCCAAGCUCGCAUCACGACACUAGAGGAAUCACAUGGCCGUGAACUCGGACGCCAAAAGGAUAUCUGGGCACAGGGCGAAAAAGCCAAACGAGAGAAAUGGGUUGCAGACAAGACACGUCAAAUCAAGGACGCAACCGUUCGUGGUCUUGAACCUGAAAUCCAACGCAUGCUAGCACAACACAAAUCAGCAAUCCGAGCACUUGAAGAGAAACAUGCUGCAGAUCUAGCUCGUGAACGGUCACAACUAGCUGAAUCCCAAAAUCGAGUAUCUGAGACGUUGCGAGAUCGGUUGGCUGAAGAACGUCGUAAAGCUUGUGAAGAGGAACGAGAGUUUGCGAGACAACGGUUUCAAAAGAUGCUUGAACGUGAGGAAAUGGAACAUGCUACUGCUCGUCGUAAAAUGGUUGCUGAGUGGGAUGAGCAACGAGCUCAAUUGCUUGAGAAUUCGAAAGAGGAACGACGGGCUUUGGAGCAACUUGUUCGCCAAAAGGAGGAAGAGUCGAGACGUGCUGUGGAAGCUGAACGAGCUUUGGGAGUUCAGACUGUUGAAGAGUCUCGUCGUCGUUCUGCUACCGAGCUGACAGUCCUCCGUGAAAAAUUCGCCGUCGAAAAAGAAGAAUGGCAAUCCCAACUAAUAACCAAAUUCGAAAACGACUUCCGAAACCGUGAAAAGCUAUUACGUGAAAAACUCGUUCGCGAACGUGACACUGAACUCGAGCACGUCAUUGCCCGGCUUGAAUCCGAGACUUCGUCUACUUCUUCAGACCAUUUCAGAAGACACCGGAUUGAAGUGGAGCGAAUCAGGUCUGAGAAUGCUGAUCAGAUACGAGAGUUAAGGGAUCAGCAUGCUAUGGCUGUUGAUCGUGUCAUUGCUGCACAGGCGCUGAUGAAGGAGAGUGAUGAGCGCUCUAAGGAGUGGGAGAGGAAGGCCAUUUGUGCGCAGGAUGAGGCCAAGAGUAAGGAAGCUGGGUUGGAGAAGAUGAGGGCAGAGUUGAAACGGUUGAGGGUUGAUGAGGAGACUUUGGCUUCUACUAUACGUCGAGAAUUUGAGCAACAACUGGACUCCCUAACAACGGAACUCACGUCUCUUCGCGAUCAACUGUCGACUCAUCAAUCACAAAUGGAGGUCUUGAGGCGUCGACAUACUCAUGAUUUGGAACUUGUUGCUAAAGACAAAGACGAAUCCUUACAAAAACUGGAGGGCCGUGUACGCAAGACUAUCCAAACCAAGGACGAAAUCAUAACGUCGCUACGUUCUCAAGUUGAAGAUUUGGGUAUAAGGUCUAGUCAGUUGGAGAAGCUGAUUGAGAAGCAACGAGAGGAACUACUUGGCGCUUAA